GGCAUUUUCCCACAACACCCUGCUGCUGCUAUCUUGCUCAUACUCAUACUGAUGACGAAAAUGGCGGACAGCUCAUCGUCGGUCGAGGUUGUCGAGGGCUGUCGGCUGCCCGUUCUUCGUAAAAAUCAAGAACACGAGGACGAAUGGCCACUGGCAGAAAUCCUCAGUGUAAAGGAAGUCACAGCAAGAAAGCUCUACUACGUUCACUACAUUGACUUCAACAAGCGUCUGGAUGAGUGGGUCACAGGAGACAGGUUGGACUUGAAGAAGCUUCAGUUCCCUAAGAAAGAAGCUAAAACUCCUACCAAGAAUGGUCUUCCAGGCUCCCGUCCCAGUUCCCCAGAAAGAGAAGUGAGGAAGAGUCUAGAUACCAACCUUCAAUCCGCCACAGCUCCCUCCAGAGGCAAAACCCUCCCCACUCCGCUGUCGAGUCAUACUGAACUGCAUGGAAAUCCAGAUAUAAACAACCACGACACAGUAAAGGAAGAAGAUGAUCCUGUUGUGCAGAACAAAUCUGGAAGUGAUUUAAAACAUUUAUCCAAAUGUUUGUCCGGUGUACGCACUGGAAUUGUGAACAAGCCAAAUUUCGGCUGCAGGUCUUUCAAGAAAAGGAAAGUAGAGCCUGUCGCCUUGGCGCCUCAGGUAUCCCCAGUCACGCCACCUCCCCCCUCUCUGCCACCCUCAGCUGAAGCCUCUCAGGCGUCCGUUUUCCCUGCUGUGAGGGAAACUAACACUUUCAAGUCCCGCGAAGACCAUGAACAGCUCUCCUCACCCACAACGAACGGCACUGCCCGAAGACCUCUCAUUCCUACUCCUCAGCCCGGGAGGAAAAGGAAAGCUAACUGUGGGGGAACUGAUGAGAUGAUAAAGGUUCUGCAGUAUAACAUCCCUCAGACUGCCAGUGUCUUUCUACCACCACCAGAGGAUUCUCAGGAUAGUUCGGAUGGCAUCCCAACUGCCCCCCGCAUGACAGGAAGUUUGGUGUCUGACCGCAGCCACGAUGACAUCGUCACCCGAAUGAAAAACAUAGAGUGUAUAGAGCUGGGACGUCACAGACUGAAGCCCUGGUACUUCUCUCCGUACCCACAGGAACUCACCACACUGCCCAUCCUUUACCUCUGUGAAUUCUGCCUCAAGUAUCUUAAAAGCCUCAAAUGUCUCCAGAGACAUUUGACGAAAUGUAAUCUGAGACAUCCUCCAGGCAACGAGAUCUACCGCAAAGGCACCAUAUCGUUCUUUGAAAUUGACGGCCGGAAAAACAAAAAUUAUUCCCAGAACCUGUGUUUACUCGCUAAGUGUUUCCUGGACCACAAAACCUUGUAUUAUGACACGGACCCUUUCCUCUUCUAUGUAAUGACGGAGUACGACUCCAAAGGCUUCCACAUAGUGGGCUACUUUUCCAAGGAAAAAGAGUCCACUGAAGAUUAUAAUGUUGCCUGCAUCCUGACCUUACCUCCCUAUCAGAGGAGGGGCUAUGGUAAACUGCUCAUCGAGUUCAGUUACGAGCUUUCGAAGGUGGAAGGGAAGACGGGCACUCCUGAGAAGCCACUUUCUGACCUGGGUCUCUUGUCCUAUCGCUCCUACUGGUCCCAGACCAUUUUGGAAAUUCUCAUGGACCUCAAACCUGACAAUGGAGAAAGGCCACAGAUCACCAUCAAUGAAAUCAGUGAGAUCACAAGUGUAAAGAAGGAAGACGUCAUUUCAACACUUCAAUACCUCAACCUUAUCAACUACUACAAGGGUCAGUACAUCUUGACUCUUUCAGAAGACAUCGUGGAUGGACAUGAACGAGCGAUGCAGAAGAGACACUUGCGCAUUGAUCCUAAAUGUCUUCACUUCACACCUAAAGACUGGAGCAAGAGGGGCAAGUGGUAGAGGUAGAGACCUGGUCCCACUCACAGGACCUCCCCGCCCCCCCCCCCCAAAACUGUGUGACUGCAGAUUUGAGUUGAAGUGUUGGAUCAGAUAAAUGUUUUUAUGAAGCAGUUUCAUCAAGAUCCAUAACCAGACGCGAAGCAAUGAACAGACACUGUGUCUUGGCGAGCAGAAUCUUUCAUUGUGAAUAUUCAAAAACAGUCAAGAAAGAUGGUGACACUCACAGAAACAACAUACUGUACCUUAGGGCUGCAAUGUUUAAUCGCUAAUCAAAUGAUUACAAAAUACAUCGUCAACUCGUUCACUUUCUUAAUGUGAAUAUUUUCUGGUUUCUUUGCUCAAUAUAGCAAAGAAAUCAUUAAAACUAUAUAUAUAUAUAUAUAAUAGUGGUUUGUAGACAAAAUACAAUUGAGAACAUCGUAAUUUGUAGUUUUGGGAAAUGCCAUUUGCCAUGUUGUGGACCAAAAGAUUAAUCUCCAAAAUAAUCAGCAGUUGAAUCAUCAUCAAACAGUUGAUUAUGAAAAUAAUAAUUAGUUGCAGCCCUAAUGUACCUACUGUGUGAAACAACGUAAACAAUUAGAUAAGGUGUCUGUGUCGUUACAGACCACAGAGGACAUGGACCUGCUGCUGUCUCCACAAAACAUAAAUGAUUUUGUCUGUUUGCCACAUAAGACGUAGAAAUAAAAAAAAGUCGUCAUCAUUAUGAAUCGCUGAAAGUUUCUGGAUGUGUGUAAACAUCCAACAGAAUUCCUUGAACUCCGAGCUUGUAGCUCUCAUUAAUAAACGUUACCGCGACUCUUGUGUAAACUUAAGUCAUCACUUUCUACAUUGAUUUUAUUUUUAAAAUUUGCCUUUUAAACCUUUCCCAAAUGCCUCACAUGGUUUAAAAAGGUUUGGAUAGUGUUGAGAACAAAACAGUUCCCACUGAUGAACAGUCUAUUUAUAUCACGGACUCAUUGUGAUUCGUACUGUGAGUGUGUAAAUAAAUGUACAAGGAGUCGACAUUCAUUUGUGGCUGUGGACGACUGCAUUCACCCUUUCAUCUCAUUUCAUGGUGAUUCUCUUGAGGGCGUUUUGAUAAGCGGGACAGAGACGUUGGACAAAUAAGAGUCCAUUUAUGUGAUGUACAAAUAUUUAAGUAAAGUAGAAGCUAUUGUUUGCAGUUAAAAUAAACCCUACAGUUGUAAUAUA